AUAAUUCACCAUAAAAUAUAUAUAUUAAGUAAUUUUGAAUGUUAUGUAAACAUGGCACGAAGGGACGGCUCAAAAUUGAGAGUUAAGAGUGAAAUUUUCUCUUCGUUUUUUGGCGAAUAAGUAAGCUGUCUACGUUCUGUUUUUAUAAAUCACCAAUUUCAACCGGAAAGGCAAAACCAAGCCAAACUACUCAUAGCAGUUACACCAAUUCUUCUUCUUCCUCUGUUUUUCUCUGUUUCUUUCUGUCUCUAGAGAGUCAGAGACUUAAACCAAAACUGAGUGGGUUGUGUUGGUGACAAUGAAUCGCCAAGUAGACUCGUCAGACUCGGCGGUGGCUUUGUCGGAGGUGGUUGUUGUUGAUAAUUAUCAGCCUUAUGGUCGUCUUCAACACCGUUAUGCUGCUUACGAGUCUACUUCCUAUUCAGAAAACAACGAGGGAAAGGAUCGAUGGGGAACUUUGAAAUUGGCAUACAAGACACUGGGAGUGGUAUUUGGAGGACUAGUGACAUCCCCACUAUAUGUGUAUCCUUCAAUGCCAUUGAAGUCUCCAACAGAAGAAGACUAUUUGGGGAUAUACAGCAUUAUGUUUUGGACUCUUUCCCUCAUUGGGGUUGUCAAGUAUGCCUGCAUAGCUCUGAAAGCCGAUGAUCAGGGUGAAGGUGGAACAUUUGCCUUGUAUUCAUUACUGUGUAGAAAUUUGAAUAUUGGCAUACUUUCUCCAAAACAUGCAAAUUCAAACUCAAGCGUUACACCCUCUCAAUUGAAUGGGGGCACAGAAAAGCAAAGUAGCCUUGGCAAGUUUUUUGAAAGGAGUAUAGUUGCUAGACGGGUGUUGCUUUUCAUCGCUAUAUUAGGCAUGUGCAUGAUAAUUGGAGAUGGCAUACUUACACCAGCAAUCUCAGUUUUGUCAGCAAUUGAUGGAGUAAGAGCACCCUUUCCUUCCAUCAACAAAACUAUGGUGGAAACAAUUUCUGCAACGGUUUUAAUUGUUAUAUUCCUGCUGCAAAAGUUUGGCACAUCUCGAGUAAGUUUCCUCUUUUCCCCCAUUAUGGGAGCUUGGACAUUGUUUACUCCACUUGUAGGAAUUUAUAGUAUUAUACAUUACUAUCCGAGUAUAUUCAAGGCCAUAUCACCACACUACAUCUUCCAUUUCUUUUCAAGAAAUGGAAAAGAAGGCUGGCUAUUGCUUGGUGGCACUGUCCUUUGCAUCACAGGUUCUGAAGCAUUGUUUGCAGAUCUGGGUCAUUUCAACAGGAAAUCCAUUCAGAUAGCCUUCUUAUUUACAAUCUACCCAUCUCUUGUUCUGACGUAUGCGGGGCAGACAGCUUAUCUAAUCAGGAAUCCAAAUGAUCAUGAUGAUGGGUUCUACAAGUUUAUACCGACUGCAAUCUACUGGCCUAUCUUUGUUGUUUCAACAUUGGCUGCAAUUGUCGCAAGUCAGUCACUGAUAUCAGCAACCUUCUCUGUAAUCAAGCAAUCUGUUGUACUUGAUUACUUCCCUCGAGUGAAGGUUGUGCACACCUCGCCUAGCAAAGAAGGCGAGGUUUACUCCCCUGAAGUCAACUAUAUCCUCAUGGUUCUCUGUGUUGCUGUCAUACUUAUAUUUGGAGAUGGAAAGGACAUUGGAAAUGCUUUUGGUGUUGUUGUCAGUCUAGUCAUGCUCAUCACCACUAUUUUACUAACGCUGGUCAUGAUCACGAUAUGGAGAACACCAUUUUUGCUGGUUGCUCUCUACUUCUGUGUAUUUUUUGGAAUGGAAGGUGUUUAUGUGAGUGCAGUGUUCACGAAAAUUCCUGAAGGUGGAUGGAUUCCUUUUGCCAUAUCUUUUAUCCUGGCCUUCAUUAUGUUCGGUUGGUUCUAUGGGAGACAAAGGAAAAUAGAAUAUGAAUUAACUCAUAAAAUAACCUUAGACAGGCUUAGGCCGCUACUAUCGAGUCCAAGUGUCCAAAGAGUUCCUGGAUUGUGCUUUUUCUAUACCAAAAUCCAAGAUGGUCUCACUCCCGUUCUAGGACACUACAUAAAAAACACAAAAUCUCUUCACAAGGUUACUGUUUUCACUACUCUCAGAUAUUUGUUGAUUCCCAAGGUUGCUCCACAUGAAAGGAUUGUCAUAAAAAAACUAGGCCUCAAAGGGCUUUAUGGGUGUGUGAUACAGUACGGCUAUGCGGAUCGUUUGAAUCUUGAAGGAAAUGAUUUUGUUAGUCAAGUUACAAAUAGCUUGCUGGAACACAUACAAAACAGCUUGGACUCUUUUCCUUCCGAUCCUAUAGAGACCCAAGAACAUAUUUCAGAUCUGGAAGAAGCAAAGGAUGCUGGUGUGGUUCAUGUUCGAGGAAAGACAAGGUUCUAUGUUGGCAAGAGUUGUGGCUGGUUUGACAGAACCAUGCUUGCAUUUUACGAAGUUUUGCAUAGUAAUUGUAGGUCUGCUCUACCUGCUUUGCAGGUGCCACUGUCUCAGCGAAUGGAGGUGGGAAUGCUUUAUGAAGCUUGAAAGGAUGAUGUUUUUUUAGUUCGAGUUCCAGGUAAUUGACUCUAGUCUGACUUUGUGAAAUGACUUGAGAGGUGUAGUAUAAGUGGGAGCCAGAAACGGCAAAAGUGAAAUGCCACUACUCUUAAUGUUAUUUUACCUAUUCCAUGAAACGGAAAUACAGUUGAAUAGUUAGAAGGAUACAUACUGAAGUCUGAUAUACAGAAGUUUCAACCAAAAAUAUGUACUGUUAGUCAUUUUUCUUAAUGCAACUUAUGGGGAUUUUAUAUGGAUUAGAGUAAGCAAAUACAUCCAAGUUUCAAAAUAAUGUUUGUAGAUUUGGAUAUCAGUCUUUUUUUUUCGUCUCCCCUCCCCUUUUUCUUCUCUUCCAAAACUGCAGAGAGAAUAUGCAUUCGUGAACACUGGCUCUACUAGCAUCGUCUCUGAUUUUAGGAGUUGGUUGACCAGAUUUGCUUGAUUUAGCUGGUGAUAGAUUUACACUCUUUAUAUAGAAGAAAGACCUGGUACUGUACUGUUAACAUAGAAUGAAACAGUGAAUUUAGUUUUAGUAAAGAACAUUGCUUCUUUUGCAAAAUGUUUAUAUAUUAUUUCGUGGGAGCUAAAGUUAUUGACUCUGUUACCUUUCUUCUUCAUAAAUAUAUACCAUGUAGUUAUUUUAUUUUUUA